AUCGUUCAUCACACCCACCAUGGUACGCACAAUCAUUAAAGGCGGCGUUUGGCAGAACACCGAGGACGAGGUUCUGAAAGCCGCUAUUGCAAAGUACGGGAAGAACCAAUGGGCACGUAUUUCUUCUCUUCUGGUUCGCAAAACACCGAAGCAAUGCAAAUCACGCUGGUACGAAUGGCUCGACCCGUCUAUCAAGAAGACCGAAUGGUCCAAGACAGAAGACGAGAAGCUCCUUCACCUCGCCAAGCUCAUGCCCACACAAUGGCGUACGAUCGCCCCCAUCGUUGGUCGUACUGCCACCCAGUGCUUAGAAAGGUACCAGAAGUUGCUUGAUGAGGCAGAGGCGCGGGAGAAUGAGGAGCUUGGGCUUGCUGGACCUGGUGCGGAAGCAGGGCCUGCUGAAGAUAUCAGGAAACUCCGGCCUGGUGAGAUCGAUCCUGAUCCGGAGACGAAACCUGCUCGACCCGAUCCCAUCGACAUGGACGAGGAUGAGAAGGAAAUGCUCUCGGAGGCUCGGGCGCGUCUUGCCAACACACAGGGCAAGAAGGCGAAGCGAAAGGCUCGUGAGCGUCAGUUGGAGGAGGCACGCCGAUUGGCUAUGCUCCAGAAAAAGCGUGAGCUGAAGGCGGCUGGCAUCAUCAUGCGGCUCAAAUCGAAGAAGAAGGGCAUGGACUAUAACGCCGACAUCCCGUUCGAAAAGCAGCCUGCUGCUGGAUUCUACGAUACCUCUGAGGAGCAAUCAAAGACGUACGCUGCGCCUGUUGGACAGUCCCUCCGACGGCUGGAAGGCAAGCGAAAGCCAGAAGAAGAAGAGGCAGAGCGUAAAAAGCGACAACGCAGGGACGCAGAAAAGAAAGGCACCCCUCAGCACCAGACACAAUUUGUUGCGGCCCGCGAUGCACAAAUCCAGAAGCUGAAAGAAGCGGAGCAAAUUUCCAAGAGACGGCAACUCGUUCUACCCUCGGCCCAGGUUGGAGAGGCAGAGUUGGAACAGAUCGUGAAAAUUGGUCAGGCGGGCGAAAAUGCGAGAGCACUGGUAGCGGGAGAGGGCGACGAGGCCAGUGGUCAAUUGUUAGGGGAAUACGAAGGGUUGUCCCAGGCUCGAAUGGCUCGCACACCCCGGACAGCACCGCAGGAAGACAACAUCAUGGCCGAAGCACGGAACCUGCGCAACAUGACGCAGACGCAAACGCCGCUGUUGGGCGAGGAGAACACACCAAUGCACGGACCAAAUGCACCUGGUACAGGGUAUGAAGGUGCAACCCCUCGACGUUCGGUCAACUUCACUCCCAAUCCUCUGGCUACCCCUCGGGAAAACGGUGCUCUCGAUGUAUCUGCCACCCCUCGGACCGAUGCUGGAAGCGCCUAUGGUCAGACUCCACUUCGUACACCCAUGCGUGACAGCCUGAACAUCAACAUUACCGACGAUGGUUCAGUUUACGGCAUGACACCCCGCGCUGGCCGCGGUCAGCUGACGUCCGCGAAGCGUUCCUUGAAACCAGGCUUCAUGAGCCUACCUGCUCCCAAGAACGAUUUCGAAGUCAUGAUGCCGGAGGACGAGGAAGAAGAGGAAGCGGAAGAUGGCGUGAGCGUGCGGGAGGAGGAUUCCGCGGAACGAGAUGCACGCCUAAAGAGGCGAAGAGAGGAAGAAGAGCGCAAGGCUUUGGCACGCCGCAGCACAGUCGUUCAGAAAGGUUUACCAAGACCACCGAACGUCAAUGCUGCUCAGAUUCUGAAGCAACUUAUGGCCCAAUACUCGGAUGAAAAUGAGGCUGCUGCAGUGGAAAGGCUCAUUGACACCGAAAUGGUCCUGUUGAUGAAGCACGACUCAGUGGCUCAUCCUGUUGUCGGCACCUCAAUUGCCGGUGGCACCCGAUCAACAUAUGUUCAACCCGAUGAUGAAGCGAUAGCUUGGGCCCGAGCGGCAGUACAUCAUGAAUUCGCAGAAUCUCUUGGCUUCCCUGGUGCGAAUGAGGAUCAGAUCAAGAACAUGGUUGUCAUGCUCUCGGCCGAGGAAGAAAAAGAGACACGUGACAUAGGAUGGUCGAAGAUCAAGGAAGAGAUGUGCUUCGAUGCCAAGACACAGACAUGGGUUGAGAAAAAUGCCCUUUCUCCCGCUGAUCGGAUCGAGGGGAUGUCGGCACUCCUCGAUUCGUAUCGAGAUCAACUCAACAAGGAGGGUGUGAAAGCCGGAAAGGCGGAGAAGAAGCUUACUGUCACUCUGGGAGGCUAUCAAGCUCGCUUCACAGCUCUUUCAAAGCGGGUUGGAGAUGGAUUUGCGGAUUUGCAAAAGACGCAUGGUGACCUAGUCAACUUCUCUCAGUUAGCAGCUCAAGAGGGGGUCAACGGCCCUCGCCGGCUUGAGAGCUUGCGGGAAGAAGUUGAUGUACUCGAAAGGAGGGAAAAGAGCCUGCAGGGUAGAUAUCAGGAGCUUGAUGAGGCUCGUCGUGAGCGGGUUGAGCGUAUUGCUGCUCUCGAGGACCAACUGUUCGCAGAUGCGGAGGCAGCGAAUGAGGCAGCCAUGGAGGAGAUGGACCGCGCGGCUGGUGUUGACGUAGAGAUGGCAUGAGCCACUUCUGUAUUUCAGACAUGCAUUAGUAGUAUACACAAGGUUCCAAU